CGGAGGAGACUCGUGCCACCGGAGCUCUUCAAACGUCAGCUCGUGCUCACCGGAGAAAGGAGAAUGAUGGUCCUAACAUCACCACCCGUCUAUUGAUAAGGAGAUAAGAAUAACCGGUAAUCAAUGGGGAAUUGGGAAGUGUGGGAAUCCGCCUCACGCACAACGACUCCGUUGGUUUAUACCGGGGAUUGUACGGAGGAGUACACACCGAGGGCUUUAUAUUAACCCGACCGUGACCGACCUAUUAUCGGUCUGACGUUAUUCUUAUCGCCAGGGAUUUGAGGGAAAAAAACAGUCAAGGGGGUGUUGACAGGAAGUCUGUGUGUGUGUGUCUGUGUGUGUGUGUCUGUGUGUGUGUGUGUGUGUGUGUGUGUGCGCACUUGUCGUGGUGAGCAACCAUGUUCCGAAACAGCCUGAAGAUGUUCCUUGGAGGCAAACCCCGCAAGAACAACACUGGUGGCAGUGGCAUAGAGUCAGAGGGCUCAGAGGUCAGGAUGAUGGAGGGAUUCACUCGUUCGCUUCCCUCUUCUCCCCUCCUCAACCUUCGUCUAGUCAAAAGAACGGGCGAGGAUGAGGAGCUAGGACCCCCACCCUCAGUAGACGAGGCGGCUGAUGCUCUGAUGACCAGGCUGGGCUUCCUGCUGGGGGAAAAGACAAUCAGUGAGCCAGGGUCCCCUUACCACGCCCAGGAUGAUGGACAGAGGAUCUCUCCUUCCUCCAGUCUGGCCAGUAGCAGCACCUCACCCUGCUCCACACUGCAGCCUCCUGCUGGAGGGGAGGGCAACAACAAGCACGCCUCUUCCAACCACGCCUCCGUCACCUCCCCCACCUCAACACUGGAGAGCAGGGACAGCGGCAUCAUAGCCACGCUGACCAGCUAUUCUGCUGAGUCGGCAGCAGAGCGGGACGACAGCGGCAAGUAUCCCGCCGACUGUUACCGUAGUAACAGCCUGAAUCUCUGGCAGCAGGGGGGCCGGCCGGUGGUGGCCUCCACCUCCUCUUCCUGUAUGGUAGCCGCAGGAAGCAUGAAUGAAGGCUUCCUGUACAGGGUGGAGGACAUCAUGGCCGCCUCCACCUACAGCCUCAACAAACUCCACCCAGACCGAGGUCCUUGCUCUGCCCGCUCUUCAGGCUCUACCCACUCCAUCCCUCUUUACCUCAUGCCCCGCCCUAAUUCAGUUGCUGCCACUAGUUCUGCCCACCUUGAAGAUCUAGCCUAUCUUGAUGAGCAGCAGAGACACAUCCCUUCAAGGACGUCCCUCAGAAUGCUCAGACAGAAUUCUGGGAGUCGUAGUCAACAGGACCACCGAGUUUGUUUCACUCCCUCUCUCAACCUGAAGCCCCUCCACUUUGAGGUUCCUGGUCUCUCGUCUGAUUGGCUGUUCACUGGCAGGGAGUGGCUCUUCCAGGAAGUGGACGCUUGUCUUCGCAGUGGUGACCCAUCAACCAGCCGGGGCGUGGUGAUCAUCGGCAACAUGGGCUUUGGAAAAUCGGCUAUCAUCGCCCGUCUGGUGGCGCUCAGUUGUCAUGGAAACCGCAUGUCGCCAACGUCUACCAGCAACCAGACCAUGCCUAAACAUGUAGAGGCCGUUUCUUUCUCUCAAGACUCCCUGGGAAGAGGAGGAGGGGGAGACGAAGGAGGGGGAGGAAGCUGUCCUGGGACUCCAGAGAUGAGGAGGAAACAGGAGGAGGCGCUGAGGAGGCUUGCAGGACAGGUAGUUUCAUAUCACUUCUGUAAAGCUGAUAACUGUCACACCUGUCUGGUUCCGGAGUUCGUCCACAACAUGGCGGCAAUGCUAAGUGACGCCCCUCAGCUGUCGGCCUAUCGGGAGCUGCUGCACCAGUCCCCGCAGCUACAGAGCACGCUAAGUCUGCGCUCCUGUAUCCAGGAUCCGAGCUCUGCUCUCCAGAGAGGAGUACUAGAACCAUUGGACGCGCUCUACAGAGAGAGGAAGUUGCAAGUGGAGGGGGCGGGGCUUAUUAUACUGAUUGAUGGGCUGAAUGAGGCCGAGUUUCACCGGCCGGACUACGGCGACACACUGACUUCCUUCCUGUCCAGAAACGUCCAGAAAUUUCCUUCCUGGUUGAAGGUUAUUACCACUGUCAGGACCGGUCAGCAGGACAUAACUUGUUCCCUACCUUUUCACUGCAUCUCACUGGACAGGAUGGAAGAGAACAACGCCAUAGAGCAGGACCUGCAGGGUUACCUGAUGCAGCGUAUCCACAGCAGUGCAGAGAUCCAGAGCAAUGUGUCGCUAAGCAAUGGUCGCCUUGACAACACGGCACUGGCCAAGCUGAUCAGCCACCUGAAGAGCCUGAGCAAGGGCUCGUACCUCUACCUGAAACUGACCCUGGACCUGAUAGAGGGAGGAUACCUGGUUCUGAAGAGUUCCAGCUUCAAGGUGGUCCCUGUGAGUCUAGCAGAAGUCUACCUGCUGCAGCUCAACAUGCGUUUUCCCACCCAGUCGUCUUUCCAGAGAGUUCUGCCACUGCUCAACGUUACUGUGGCAUCGCUGCACCCACUGACCGAUCAGCAGCUGUUUGAGGUGGUGAAUGCGUGCGCUCUGACUGGGGGAAUGCUGCACUGGGGAGAGUUUGUGCACCGUCUGGAGCAGCUCUCCUCUUUCCUGCUGCGGCGAAGCGAUGGCAGCAGGAUGCUAAACCAUGCCUCCUUCAGAGAGUGGCUGAUGUGGAGAGAAGAGGGUCAGGACGACAGGUUCCUCUGCGACCCCAGGAGCGGUCACACACUCCUGGCCUUCUGGCUCAGCAGACAGGAAGGAAAGUUGAACCGACAGCAGACACUGGAGCUUGGACAUCACAUCCUGAAGGCUCACAUCUACAAGGGUCUGAGUAAGAAGCUUGGGGUUUCCUCCUCAGUUCUGCAGGGGCUGUGGCUCUCCUACAGCACAGAGAGCCUGAGCCCUGCUCUCUCAUCGCUGCGCAACCUCUACACCCCCAACAUCAAGGUGAGCAGGUUGCUGAUUAUGGGUGGGGCUAAUGUGGACUCCCUUAGUGAUGUCCUCAACAACGCCCCCCUGCUGUGUGUCCACGCUCACCUGGGCCACAGUGACGCUGUGGCACUGCUGCUAGACCUCGGAGCUCAGGUGGAUAUUCAGUCACAGGAUGGUUUGACUGCUCUGGGAUUCGCUGCUGCAGCUGGACAUCUGGAAAUCGUCACCAUGCUGAGUCAGCACACAGCUAAGGUUGGACAUGUAGACAGCUCAGGUCGGUGUGUGUUGGUGCACGCGUCUCAGCGGGGCCACCUCGAGGUGCUGCGCUUCCUGCUGAAGCAUGCAGACUGGAGCUGCACUUCCUGCUGCAGCCAAAGGGGGGCGAGCAGGUGCCAGGCGGUGCAGCAGGCUCUGAUUGCUGCAGCAAGCAUGGGCCACACAGAGAUGGUGUCAUACCUCCUGGAUCUUCCAGAGGAAGACGAGGAAGAGGAGGAGAGACCUGAGAUCAACACACCUGACAGUCUGUGGGGAGAGACAGCUCUGACAGCAGCAGCAGGAAGUGGCAGGCUGGCGGUCUGCAGGUUGUUGUUGGAUCAGGGGGCUGCUGGGGAGCAAGGCAACAGUCGGGGUAUGGCUCCCCUCUUCAGUGCAGUGAGACGUGGCCACGGGCAGGUGGUGGAGCUCUUGUUGGGGCACGGGGUGGAGGUGAACAUGGUGGACCAACAGGGUCGAACAGCUCUGAUGGCGGCAGCCUCAGAGGGACAUUUGGCCACCGCCCAGCAGCUACUGGAUCAUGGAGCCUCUCUCGACCAGGCUGACAGGGAAGGCUUAACGCCGCUGAGCUGGGCGUGUCUGAAAGGCCAGCUCCCAUUGGUCAGAGAGCUGGUGGAGCGAGGUGCAGCCACGAGUCACGCUGACCGCAGUGGACGGACACCUCUGGACCUGGCUGCCUUCCGCGGUGACCCAGAAGUGGUGCAGCACCUGGUGGAUCACGGUGCGUCGGUGGAGCAUGUGGAUUGCAGCGGGAUGCGUCCUCUGGACAGGGCGGUCGGCUGCAGAAACACUUCAGCAGUCAUCGCUCUGCUCAAAAAGGGAGCCAAGAUAGGACCAGCAACCUGGGCCAUGGCUACCUCUAAACCAGACAUCUUAAUGGUUCUUCUCAGUAAAUUGAUCCGAGAGGGAGACAGACUGUACAAGCAAGGUUCAGUGAGGGAAGCUGCUCACUCCUAUCAAUCAGCUCUCCAGAAGUUUCCAGGGGACGAGCUGAAGACGUUCAGACAGCUGAGAGUGUGUGUGCUGCUCAACCUGUCUCGCUGCCACCGCAAGAUGAACGACUUUGGCCUCGCUGAGGAGUUUGCCACCAAGGCACUAGAGCUGAAGGCUAAAUCCUACGAAGCCUUUUAUGCCCGAGCCCGCGCCAAACGUGAACGCAGACAGUUCCAUGCAGCCCUAGAGGACCUGAUUGAGGCCAGCCGCCUGUGCCCAUCCAACCGGGAGAUCCAGCGGCUGCUGUCCCGGGUCAAGGAAGAGUGUCGGCAGGUUGCACAACAACAGGACUCUUCCGCUCCUUCGUCACAUCCUGUUUAUCAACUAAAUGUGGCCAUGUCUAACAACGAGGCCAGGUGCAGAGAUCCAGGUUGUCUGCAGGUGCAGGACAGGGAGGGGCUUACUGAGGAAGAGGAGGAAGAGGAGGGGGAGGAGAGUCACAGGGAAAUAAAUGCUCCUCAUUCCUCCUCCUUCCACCCUCCACCUGUGGUUCAAAGCCUUGACACCCACUGCCACCCUGGGGUGCCAUCCUCUCUCUCCCCCACUCAUCUAUAUCGUCAUCAUCCCAGCCCCACCCACGCCCCAUCCUCUACUUCUCCCUGUCAAUCUGCCCCUCCACCUCCACCCUCCUCCUACCACUAUUUCAGCCCUCUGCCCUCCCCGAUGCAGCAUCAACUGCGACCAAGCCCAAUGUCAGAAAGUAUGCCUGCAUUGUCAGGAAAUUCUCUACACCACCAUCCGCAGUCCAUAUCAGCUCUUCACCUCUCAGACCAGAACCAGGGAGUGCAGCACCACCACCUGUCCAAUCAGAGAUCUUUCCAAAAGCAGAACCCUGUUCAAGGCCAGUGGCUCCAACCAACCAAAGUACAGGUUGUCAGAACCAAUCAGACCAGUUCCUCGGCACACUCCAGCAUGAUUUUGGGAAGUUCUGCUUACUCGCAGUUUGGCCAACUUCCACAAGAACUGGCUGAACUGGCCGAGCUCGGGGAAGGCAUUUGCCCGAGUCCCCUUGAUAUCAGGCCUGGCCUGCAGGUCCAGGCUGGUCUGAGCUCAGGAGCUUCAUAUCCACAAGAUGAUGUAGAUGUUGACUUUGUUUCCCAGGGAAGACCUGCGUCUGCCUAUGGGAGAGAAGGAGGAGGGGAGAGGGCCGGGGUCAAUAGAUUUGGCCCGACCCGUCAGUUCAGUCGCAACCAAUCCAAAGCAGCCUACUACCCUAUGGAAGUUACUGAAACAACAUUAAGGCCUCCUGAAAACCUUCCACCAUCGCACGAUUACCAAUACCAACAUCAGGGGGGACUACGACGCCCGCUCAGUGCCCACCCAACCUCCUCCGCUCCUCCCCCAAGGCCUCUUGUCCACUCUCAGAGUAUCAGCGUCCGUUUCUCCACCAGCAGCGGCAGCCUUGCUGGUGGGCAGCUCGCUAAUCAAGGCCUAGGCUUCAGGACCUCAGCCUCCGCCCAGCACAUGGAUGUACCUUCAGAUCUGACCUCUGUGGGAGGGCUUACUGGUUACCAUGACGACCUCUUUCUGAACUCCUCUCCCCAGUCAGAAAUAUGCAUGGUAGGAGGCGGAACAUAUCCUGGAGAGGCAGGCCGUUCAUCUAGGAACACUCCCUUUAUGGGUGUUAUCGACAGGGCCGCGAGGGUGCACCAGCAGUAUCAGCAACAAGCCCCUUCCAGUUCUGCAUCCUGUCUCAGCCCUUCUCGCUCCUGGGCUGUGUCUUCAGUAGACACGGUGGUCACCUCGCCAAGCAAAACCCCCAAUCAAGGGGGCUUCUGCCCACCCCAGCCAUCCUCCAUUGCCUACUACAACCGCAGCAACAACAAUGCCCACAAUGACAACCAGCUUGACUGCUAUCCUCAGGGUGAAGUGUCGGUAAAAGUUGCCAGUCAGAAUCCCUCCUACCUGGAUGUGAAGCUGGCUCGAACGCUGCCGGUGAUCCAUAGCUGUCCAGACAGACCUAGUGACAGAAAGACAGGUCCUACCUCUCCUGUCAAACCAAAAAGACCCUUUGUAGAGUCCAAUGUAUAAAGAAAGGUUUAAAUGUUAAGUCAGAGAAAAGGGAGGAGGGUUAAUAAAGAGUGGUAAAAAGAAAUGAGUGUAGUCAUAUAUUCUAAUAUUCACUGGGGCGAUGGAAUUAUUAAUGCAGAGUUAUGCUUGAAAUGAACUAGUUUGUACAACAUGUAAUAGCAAAGACUCUUCUUGAAGGUAUUCAUGGUGUAUGGUCACACUCGUACACACAAAAAAGGGAUUGAAAUUGUGAAAAAAUAUAGAAAAGUCCUGCACACCUCCACCAAUGGCUGCAUGUAGUAUUCGUGUUUUCCAGAUUUUCGGUUUCGGAAAGACAAGGACUUCCUUUGAAACAUACUGACUCCUUUAUUGUUUAGAAGACAAGAGGGAAAGCAGAAGUUAAUCAAUAUGUUUCAUAUGGAACAUAUUACCUGUUACAGGUCAGAUCUGUAGCUUAACCAGCCAGAGACAAAGAAACGAAGCAAGGACAAAGGGAAUGAGGCAAGAACAAGAGUGCUUAAACAUAAGACAGCAUCUGCCAUUACAAAGUACAAUGAGGAAGAGUAUAUUUGGGGGGGAAUUCAGAAGUUAACACAAAAAAUCUGUCUGGACGCACUAAUCCUUCCAUCCCUCCCUGUUCAUCUCUGGUUUACAGAACAUUUAAAAGCUGAAGUCUCUGAAUGCCAACAAUGCACUGCGCUAAAGAUUUUCUGCCAAGUUCACAUACUCUAGACAGUGAUAUUUAGUCAGACAAGAGAGACUAAAACCACCACUACCACCUUUGUCUGCCGCUUACGCAUUUAUUGAAAUUUCCAUUUCAACUUUGAAGCGCUUACAUGACAGGAAACCUGGAAACAGUCACUGCAGGAUCCAGGCUCUAAAACUUGUGCCAGUCAGAUGCCGGUCCCAAGCCAUAGUUUGUAAAACUAGGAUGAUGCUGUAAUUGAAGAAGCACUGGCUUGCUGUAUAUAAAAACUAAAAUAAGGGAUAUUUAUCUUUUUUAAGUUAUAUAUGUAUUAAACUGUAUAAAUAUUGUUCAUCUUAAAACUGUAUAUAUCUUUUGGAUUUACCUUUGUAUGUUUAUUUUGAGGGUUUCUCACACAGAACAUAAUAGAAACCUUCUUUUCAACGAGACAAAACAGCAAAGCAGCACCAGUUCAGCUUUGCUCAGUUUUAGGUUAACAUCUCUUCCUGUUUGUGUAUUAGCACUCUACAUUUAAAAAUGCCUUUUAAGGUUAUUGGACUUUUUGCUUCAGGUUGUUAUUUUUUGUCUUUUCUAUAAAGGCCUUUUUUAUUAUGUAGUUCUAAAGUCCUAAGUUAUGCAAACCACAUGGAUCCCAACUGAUAUACCAGAGCCCUUUAUACACGUUGCCAUGAAAAAUAGUGCUUAAAUGUCCCAUGAGCUGGCUAUUGUUUAUCAGCUCCUACGUGAGCAGCAUGCCUGAAUAACUACAGUAGCAAUCAAGCAUUACUCUGUGGUGCUGAAAUAUGAAACCAGCGCUGAAGUGCCAAAAAUACUACAGUUCCUUGAAUGGCCCCUUGAGGCUGGCUCCAAAACGACUCCCCAUUGACCCCCGUGUUAAAAUGCCAAACUUUAUAGUAGAAAUAAACAUGUUUACAGUUUAGUACAAAAAACGGUUUUGGUCUCUAUAGCUAAAUAACUAUCUGUGGUUUGAAUUUUUAUAUCUCGCUCGUUAAAAUAAUAUUAAGGCUUCAAAUUAUGCAUAAUUAAGGGUGUGGCUACUUUGAGUGACAGGUGGUUGACGUCACAGGUCACUAGCCAGUAGCUGUCUACCUGCUGCGUCACACGGGCCCGCCUCAGCUCCACCGACGAUCCACCUCUUUGCCCAUUUUUGGAUUAGCCUGGAGUUAGGCGGUGUCGUCACUGCCAAGAUGGCGACAGCCGGAGCCGCCCACUUUGAGCUUCACAACAGCUCUUUAGACUACGUUCAUAUUUUAUACAGUCUGUGGUUACUUCAUAGGUCUAGGCAUUUUAUUAAAUAACUGCAUUUUUGUAGUGUUAAAACUAAACCAAAUGUUUGCCUUUUUUUGCUCCAUAUGUAGCCAUCAAGUGCAUAUUUAAGAUUUUCAUUUUAAUUAGAUUUUUCUGGUAACAUUAAAAAGUCAGAUGGAGUUGGUGUUUUCAGCGGAGUCAUGUUAGCUUGAUUAGCAAGCUACAGCUCAUAAAAUCAGCCAAUGAAAGUUACCAUUUCAGAUGGCAGAAGCAACGGUUGUCUGAUAGAAAGAAAUAAGAAACCUGCUUUUAUCUACCUAUGUCUGAAAUCAAGGACCCAGUGAUUAAAAAAAUAAAUAAUAAUAAUACAAAAUAUAAAAGACAGUAAUCUGUCACCCCCAUUAUUUGAAACUGAAUAUGCGCUGUGUGAGAAUUUUGUAGCGAAAGUAACAAAGUUAGCUAACAAUCAAUUCCUGAGCUAGUUUUACAAAGGGGAUGUGACUAACAGACGGGAUUCAGAAAGUGGGACUUAGCAUUUUUAUUUUAAAUGUAUUUUAUGCACAUGAAUGUCUGUCUGUUUUUUUGUACAUUAUGUUUCUAAUGAACCAGCAGCUUAGUUUCAGAGUUGCAGAUAAACCUCCAACAGUCUCUGUGACCACUGCCCUUAUUCCUUACUGCUUCAGUUUCCAGCUGUGAGAGAUGUGGUAAUACUUAAUUACUCAAGCCGUUUAUAUAGUACUGCUGGGUAUGGUAUCUAAUUCUGCCCAGUUAGAGUAAUGAAGUAGAUUUUUGAUUGGAUGUUCAAGACUAGUUUAAAAUUGAAAGUGAUAAAGUGUGGAAACGGCUUGUCAUGGUUCAUCAGUGUGGCUUUAAAUCCUUGAUGGGUUGGAUGCCAGUUGUACCUUUCAAUAAAACAAUGUGUUGUGCUGUA